AUGGAAUCAAAGAGUAACGACAACAACAAUAACAGCAGCAAUGUUGUUCAACACAAAUGGGUAUCAAAGGAGGAACAAAGCAAGAUUAAAAGAAACACUCCUCCCGUAUCAAUGUGCGAGAGUGUCUGUGUAGCAUCACUGCGCUGUCAAGAGAAGCAUCACAAGAGUGUCUGCAAACCAUUCUACGAGGCUGUGGCAAAGUGUAAAUCUAUAAAGCGCAAGUUGGACGACGAAGAGAACAACAUCAACAAGUAUUACAAUGAUGCAACACCAUUGAAGCAGGUAACACUGCAACAACGUUUGGAGGAGAUAAGAGAGGAAAAGUCGAAACAGUAUCCCGUACCAGAUGUUGUAAUGAUG